GUCAACCAUAGAGAAAGCAGCCGCGCGCAACUUCAGCAGUCUGCUGUUACCUCUCCACUGCUACUGUACAGGAUGAUAUCCUUUAUACUAUUAUUAUGUCGAUUCUUUACAAUAGCAAUUUGUGUAACAGAUCAGUAUGUGUUAGACGACAAAGUAGGACUCGGGAGGGUGUUUGACGGCAUUGGAGGUUUGAGUGGCGGAGGGGCAACGUCUCGCUUACUUGUGAAUUACGCAGAGCCGUACCGCAGUCAGAUAUUGGAUUACCUUUUCAAGCCAAACUUUGGGGCCUCUUUGCACAUACUAAAGGUGGAAAUUGGAGGCGAUGCACAAACCACAGAUGGCACAGAGCCAUCUCACAUGCACUAUGAAAACGACGAGAACUUCUUCCGGGGUUAUGAGUGGUGGCUCAUGAAAGAGGCCAAGAAGAGGAACCCCAACAUAACACUUAUUGGUUUGCCAUGGGCCUUUCCAGGCUGGGUUGGUCAUGGGAAGAACUGGCCCUAUGACUACCCUGACAUCACUGCCACUUACGUGGUUUCCUGGAUCAUUGGAGCCAAACAGUACCAUGACCUAGACAUCAACUAUGUUGGGAUUUGGAACGAGCGCAACUUUGACAGCAAGUAUAUAAAGCUCCUGCGCUACACUCUAGACAAGAGUGGCUUGGAGAGUGUCAGGAUCAUAGCCAGCGAUAACCUGUGGGAGCCCAUUAGCCUGUUCAUGCUGCUCGACCAGGAGCUCCGACGAGCCGUAGACGUGAUAGGGGCCCACUACCCAGGCACCACCACUGUGCUGGAGGCUCUAAAGACCCAGAAGAAGCUGUGGUCAUCGGAGGACUACAGCACCUUCAACAACGAAGUCGGUGGAGGCUGCUGGGCGCGAAUCCUUAACCAGAACUACGUCAAUGGACUCAUGACUGCCACCAUAUCGUGGAACCUGGUGGCCAGCUACUACGGGGAGCUGCCGUUUGGCAGGGACGGGCUGAUGACGGCACAGGAGCCCUGGAGCGGCAGCUACGUGGUGGAGUCGCCCAUAUGGAUCUCAGCCCACACGACACAGUUCACCCAGCCCGGGUGGACCUACCUGCAGACUGUGGGGCAUCUAGCGCACGGUGGGAGCUACGUGGCUCUAACUAAUGGCAAAGGCGACCUCACGGUUGUUAUAGAAACCAUGACUCAUGAUCAUUCCGUCUGCGUAAGGCCUCCACUACCAGCGUUCAAUGUGACAUCCCAAAAUACAACAUUCCAGCUGAAAGGCUCCUUUGCCUCUCUUGCACAAUUACAAGUAUGGCGGUCAAGAUUUAACUUCAAGACACAAAAGCCCACGUUUUUUGAAAAACUUUCACCGCUCAAGCUCUCUGACGGUUCGUUCACGUUGAAUCUGGGGGAGGAUGAGGUUUAUACGCUCACUAGCCUCACCAGCGGUCUGAAAGGCAGCUUCCCAGACCCUCCCCCCUCCGCACCCUUCCCCACAACAUACAAGGAUGACUUCAAUGUCGCCAACCCUCCCUUCACGGAGGCGCCCGACUUUGCCGACCAGACGGGGGUGUUUGAGUACCACAUCAACCUCACCGACCCGGGGCCUCAUGUCUUCACCUUGCGCCAAGUUGUGACCCAGAGGCCGGUCACCUGGGCAACCGACGCGGACCAGACCAUCAGUGUCAUCGGGAACUACAAAUGGGAGAACCUCACUGUAUCCUGUGAUGUGUUUAUGGAAACGGUGAAGACUGGUGGAGUGUUCAUCGCUGCCAGAGUAGACAAAGGAGGGCAGUCAGUCCGAAACGCAAAAGGGCUCUUCUACUGGAUCUUCUCAGAUGGGAGCUACAAAGUCACCAAUGAUCUCGCUGGUCAAGCCGUGCUUGCUGAGGGGCCGUCUGGCACCAGGGCUUUUGGUUGGCACACAUUAACACUGAGCAUAAAGGGCCAGUAUGCUACGGGUUUGCUCAACGGGUAUCCAUUAUGGAAGAAUGCUGUGGUAUUGGGACCAAAGAAUGGAUGGGCUGCCAUAGGGACAAAGUCAUUUGAACUUGCUCAAUUUGAUAACUUUGCCGUGAAGGCAGAGUGAAGGGUUGAAGGGAUAUAAGCAGCGCUGUGAUUAUGCCUUAAUUUAUUAACUUCAUGAACCCCAAGAUGUAUUUUCAUUUCCCUUUUUUAAUUUCUAAAAAAAUCUAUUCUGUUCAUCAUGAAAUGCACAUAGUUGUCUGUCAUUGUUUAUUUUGAAUGCUGAAAUCUUUUUAAUAAAUUUGUUUUUAAUA